GCUCGAGCUGGUUCAGUGUGAGGUUGAUAUACGGCCACGACUUCGAGCAAAUGAGUACAUAUCUUUUAUAAUUAAAGAAAAAGAGAAAUAAAUGAGUAUAAAUACAAUAUAUCGACAAAAACAAAACAAGAGUUUGCUUCUAUUUUUCUCACCAUUGUCGGAUAGUUUUCAGCUUUGAAGGUAGAGAUUGAAGUGAUGGAUCGAAUUGCGUCUGCGGCUAUCUUUUGCCCAGCGUUUUCAACGCCUCGCGUUUGUAAAAUCAAACCUUUUGGCCUGAACUUCAAUACCGAUCAUAGAAAGAGAUUUUCUUGUCGAGUAGCUGUAGCUUCUGGAAACACGACAGCUAAGGUGGUCGACAGUGAACUUGACUUAGAAUACAAGAAACACGACCUACUAAGAGCUGUCCAAGAAACUCAACGAGGACUCACUGCUACUUCCGAUCAACGCUCUAUCAUCGAGGAGGCCUUGGUGACUGUAGAAGGGUUUAACGGCGGUGAAGCCAUUGAUUUAAUGAAGUUAGAUGGAACAUGGAGGCUACAGUAUACAUCUGCACCUGAUGUUGUUGUUCUCUUUGAAGCUGCGUCAAGAUUUCCUUUCUUUCAGGUUGGACAGAUCUUCCAGAAGUUUGAGUGCAGAGAUCGAUCAGACGGUGGGAUUAUCAGGAAUGUUGUUCAGUGGAGUGUUCCAAGCUUGUUAGAGGAGCAAGAAGGUGCAACACUUGUUGUUACUGCCAAGUUCGAUAAGGUCUCUAGUAGAAACAUCUACCUUCAGUUUGAAGAGAUAAGUGUUAGAAACAUUAACAUCAAUGAGCAAGUUCAAUCUCUUCUCGCACCUGCAAUUCUUCCACGCUCCUUCUUAAACCUUCAGAUUUUGCAGUUUAUACGUACUUUCAAUGCUCAGAUUCCAGUAACAGCAACCAGCCCAGGAAGGAGAUCUGUGGGAGGAUUGUAUUACCUCUCUUAUCUCGAUAACAACAUGCUCUUGGGUCGAUCUGUGGGAGGAGGAGGAGUCUUUGUCUUUACAAAAUCUCAACCCCUCGAGCUCUGAGAAUUUAGAAAAAAAUCUGUAAAACUCUGAUUUCAAACUGUAUAUUACUACAGAGAGAAGAUGAACUUUAUUAUGUUAGUAGAUUCUGUUUAUGUAUAAACAACCUAUUCGGAUUUUUACUA